CUUCCAGAAGGAGGCCUCGGUGUGUGUGUGUGUGUUCUAGCUUUGUCUUUUUCCAUCUCAUGGGUCGGUUCCAGUGGAGAAACACGUCCCCGAGCUGGUGUGACGGAGCAGCGGCUGGGAUCCGAUCGUCGCAGGAGGACGGAGGGUUGUGAACCGCAGGAGGGAAGCAGGACGGGCUGGGUUUCUGAUCGUGUCUGGAGAAUAGGUUCUGCAGGUUCUGCAAGUUCUUGCUGAGGACAAGGGAGCUAUGAUACGCCUUUGGAAGACGUUGUGAUCACAUGGGGCUUAACAAACAGGGGGAAAACCUAGAAACCUCAGAGAGAGUCACAUGUGAGGGAUCCCUCUCCCAGGAGUGACAGAAGUGCAAUAGAUGCCACGUGUAACUCCGAACAUCAGCAUAAUAACAGCUCCUAUGCUGUGCUGACCCAAUGGUUUGAUCACCAGGACUAAAAAUGAGCAUAAGCAGUGAUGAGGUCAAUUUCCUGGUUUACAGAUACCUGCAGGAGUCGGGCUUCUCCCACUCGGCAUUCACCUUUGGCAUAGAGAGCCACAUCAGUCAGUCCAACAUCAAUGGAGCCCUGGUGCCCCCUGCUGCCCUCAUCUCCAUCAUCCAGAAGGGCCUGCAGUAUGUGGAGGCUGAAGUCAGCAUCAAUGAGGACGGAACCCUAUUUGACGGGCGGCCCAUCGAGUCGCUGUCCCUGAUCGAUGCUGUGAUGCCAGAUGUUGUGCAGACCAGACAGCAGGCCUACAGGGAGAAGCUGGCCCAGCAGCAGCAGGCGGCAGCAGGCAGUUGCAGCGGCACAGGACUCCAGGGAAGCACGAAGAACGGAGAGGGAGCCCCCAAUGGGGAGGAAAACGGAUCCCACGCCUUAGCAAAUCACCACUCAGAGAUGAUGGAGGUUGAUCAAGAUGUGGAGAUCCCCCAGAGUAAAGCCAUGGUCCUGAGGGGCCACGAGUCGGAAGUGUUCAUCUGUGCCUGGAACCCAGUCAACGACCUCCUGGCCUCUGGGUCCGGAGACUCGACGGCACGGAUCUGGAACCUGAGUGAGAACAGCACAGGUGGAUCCACCCAGCUGGUCCUGAGGCACUGCAUUCGGGAAGGGGGCCAGGAUGUACCCAGCAACAAGGACGUCACCUCACUAGACUGGAAUAGUGAGGGAACGUUGCUAGCAACAGGUUCAUAUGACGGCUUUGCUAGAAUAUGGACAAAAGAUGGUAACCUGGCCAGUACUCUGGGUCAACACAAAGGUCCUAUAUUUGCACUCAAGUGGAAUAAGAAAGGAAACUUCAUCCUCAGUGCUGGUGUUGACAAGACCACAAUUAUUUGGGACGCACACACGGGAGAGGCAAAGCAACAGUUUCCUUUCCACUCUGCACCUGCUCUGGACGUAGACUGGCAGAGCAACAACACGUUUGCCUCCUGCAGCACAGACAUGUGUAUCCAUGUGUGUAAGCUGGGUCAGGACAGACCUGUCAAGACCUUCCAGGGACACACGAAUGAGGUCAACGCCAUCAAGUGGGAUCCCACUGGCAGCUUGCUGGCCUCCUGCUCUGAUGACAUGACGCUCAAGAUCUGGAGUAUGAAACAGGACUCGUGUGUACACGACCUCCAGGCUCACAAUAAAGAAAUCUACACAAUCAAGUGGAGCCCCACAGGCCCCGGGACCAACAACCCCAGUGCGAACCUCAUGUUGGCCAGCGCAUCAUUUGACUCCACAGUGCGUCUGUGGGACGUGGAGCGCGGAGUGUGUAUCCACACGCUGACCCGCCACCAGGAGCCCGUCUACAGCGUCGCCUUCAGCCCUGAUGGCCGGCAUCUCGCCAGCGGCUCUUUCGACAAGUGUGUCCACAUCUGGAACACUCAGACGGGUUCUUUAGUUCACAGCUACCGGGGAACAGGAGGGAUCUUCGAGGUGUGCUGGAACGCCACCGGGGAUAAAGUAGGAGCCAGCGCGUCAGACGGAUCGGUUUGUGUAUUGGACCUGAGGAAAUGACACUCGCCUGGGGGGAGCCGUGGACCGACUACGAAUGUGUACAUAGCCAAACUGACUGACUGUCCCUGCCUGUCCGGCACACUGCUGUAGUCCCAUCAGAUGCGAUGGCCUGCCAUUACAGCCCCACCCCCCGCCUCUCUCUCUCUCUCUCUUUAUCAUGUACACACAAGGACCAAAACAAAGUUGUUAUGCACAGGUCUCUGUGGACACUUACAAGAAGAAACGUGUGAUCCCUGAGGAUAACCAUGUCGGACCCAUCGUACACAAACCAAAACACCAGGAUUCUUCUUGCUUUGCUCUUUAGAUCCUUUGUACCAGGUUUAUAAAGAUGCUUGUUUUCUGCUGGCCUGUGCAUAUUGCACAUGUCUGCGCCUGGUGUCCUGUGGACACUGUUGUGUUGAAUUUGGAUUUUACUGAUCUCUGUAGGUUUUAUAUGACGAGUGGGUUGGGAGAGAAGGGAGGGGCUGGGGUGUGGGAGCGGUAUGUCUUUACAGUGGGUGUUCGAAGCUGUUCAUUGGGCGAUCCGCUCGUCUCGUUCCUGGCACUCUGUCAAGCUCCGAAGACGAAAGCAUUGACAAUUUUCCCGACUGUUUUUACAAAGUGUCAAGCAGUCUGUCAAACAGUGAACUGUCCUUUGUUUUUGCAACUUUAAUCCUCAAAAAUGGUUUUCAGGUGUUAAUUCAUCAGGUUAAUAUGAAUCUCUAAAGAAUUCAAAACCUCUGCGGCUGUAACUUCAUGUUGAUAUCAUGUUCUAACAGUGUGCUGAAUGUGUGGACCGCUUGAGGUUUACAUCAUUGAAAUAGAGCUCGUAAAAACAUGGCCGUGCUUUUCGUGUCAUCAGUGAGGUAAUGUGACACAGUAAUGGUUUAUUUUCUGGCAUCUGUCUAGUCUCUGGGCUGUGUAAAAAAAGAGGGAGGGAGAGAGAUGCAGGAAAACAAGUCCAUAACGGCAUGAAUUCAUCUGACGUGAAAUAAUUAUUAGUCAUAAUUGUGCGUGUUUCUUCAGUUAAUAGCUUGUUGCUAUCCAGUGCUGGAAGAUAAUCAGAAUAAGUUGGUCUAGUUGUGUCCCAUUUCCUCUGCCUAGUCAUUAAAACAACACAGCAUCAUCUGCAGUAUCACUUCUUCUGGCGGCACAGGAUCUUUUGAUCGCACCUUCAUAAAAACCACGACUCAACAUUUGCUCACAUGACGUGAGCGAUUUGACGACUCUGGAUUUCAAACAAGUUUGUCGUGUCGAGUGUUCGUUGUCAACUUGGAGUCUUCGUCACACUCUCACUCUGUAACGUGUGCAGCUUUUCAUACUCAGUGUCGAGUACACACUACAGUCCUUGGUUUGCUGUUGUCAGGCAGUUUUUGCCCAGCAUUACUAUAUACACACACACACACACAAAAACACACACACAUUCUGGAGACGGGCUGUGUUCAGGCCUAUGCACAGAUAGACAGUGCUUUUGUUUGUAGUGUUCAGAGUUGCCGUUUUGAGGCAGUUCUGUGCUUGUUAAAAAGCAGACUUGCAGCAUAUGACUUGAUGUAACAUGGUAUCUGCAUAUAAUAUAUAUAUAUAUAAAUAUAUAUAUCUGUGCUAUCACGGGAUUCUUUUGUAUGCCACCCGUGUGCUGAGGGUGGAUUUUAAAGUAACUUUUUGAAGACGCUUGAAAUACAGUAUGUGAUGUUGCUGUGCAUCACCCGAGGUCGUGAUCAUGAGGUUUUGUUUUUUUAUAAAAUACCAUUAAACAGUCAUAGCGAAACAAAAGAACAGCCCCUUUUAAAGGGUCUAUUUUUUUUCUUCCUCUGCACUUUAGGCUAAAAAUUGAGAAAACAGGGAGAUGUGUUUAUUCAAGCCAUCAUGGACGCAUCUAAUGUUUGUAAUGCUCUUAAAGACGAAUCAGCUGAAAGUGUUGCAGCGACAGCGGGGAAACGAGGGUAGCUAGUGUCCUGUCUGACUCCUCGGGGAUUAGGUCCUACCCGGCCGACUUCAUGGCAUUCCAGGUCUCAUCCCGUAGCCAUGGAAAACGUCAAACGGCUCGAAAUACACAAAACAUACAUCGUCAGACGCAUUCUUUAGAAUGUUACUUGUUAGAAACAAAAACAUUGUACUGAAGCUAAAGAAUAUCUUGAAGUUUGCUUUAAUACAGUCAGCAGUGAUUGGACUGUAACACAAAGACUAUUUCAAAUGAUGUCUAUGACAGUGGAAUGGUAUUUUAUAACGGUUAGUUUUUAGAUGAUACGUUUUUUACACUGCAUUCAAGUGUGUUUGCUAUUUUUUUUUUUCUUACCGAAAGUACUAAUGUCAAUUCUAUCUUUGCUAUGUCGGAAAGCCCUUGCAGGUUUUGUACUUCUCAAAACUUUUGUAAUUCUGAUUUAUUUGUAGCUAUGUACUGAAAAUGAACAAAAAAUUUGGAUUUAAUUGUUGAUGUGUAACACAGAACCUGUAAAUACCAAUUUACAUUUUUUUUUUUUUUGUGUUGUCUUUGCUCUCACUUACGUUGUACUCUUCUCUCUCACUCACAUGGUUGCUGUCUGCAGCCUCCUGAUCUGACUGUUGUAAUAUCACUCAGAUCUCAAGGUCUAGAAUAAAAUCUAUUUUGAUAAUA